UAUUUCAACACUCUUUCCUUCCAUAAGUAUGGUUAGGUUUCAGUUCAUUAUUUUGAGAUUAAAAAGUACACAGGCUAACUAUGCCCUGAUUUUUGGUGUUUUAUUUAUUUUUCUGGGCAUAGAGUGGGGAUGGGAAGUGUUAGAAAUUCUUUGUCCACUUAUCUGUGUUACAGUUGUUCUUUCAUAGAAUGUCGCUUAGUGAUGACCUUGACAUUUCUGUUAAUUCUAAAACAAUAUGCCAAGACAUUUUAGUAUGCUCUUAUCUCACAGUAUCAUUCUAAGACGUAUUAUAUCUGUAUAAUCUGGACAAUUAAGUGGUUUACAUAGUUUCAAUAUGGUCAACUCUAAACUAUUCUAUAUACACAUAUAUGUGUGUGUGUGAGUUUUCACUGUAGCCUAUAUGUUUUCACUUCCUUUGCAUGUGCUUUAAAGUAUACACAAAUAUUUGCUAAUUGAGGCAGUUCUUCAUCUAUGUGUUAAUAAAAAUAGGUAAUUACAUCUAAAAAUGCCAAUUAUCGUAAGCUAGUAGUGGAUUAGUUCCAAACAUGUUUGUGGUUUUUGGUUCUGUUGUUGAAAAUGAAACAAAUAUAGCGAUGACAAAGGGUGGAUUUCAAGAUUUACAGAAAAGUGUAAAAGUAUUUGUGUUCUCCCUGCCCUAAGUGAUGUCAUAAAAAUAAGUGUUAUUCCAUGGAACAUAUAAGAUUUUCAAAAUACACUAUUUUAUUCUUCCAAAUGCUUCUCAUUCUUGGGGAGAGAAAUUUUGAGCGUCAUCUCUGCAGACUAGCAGAAAUAAGAUCUUAGGUGUAUGAUGGUUUCCACAGAAGGGUGCAGUUUUAAGUUAGGACUCUAAGCGUCGCUGUUCACCAACCCGGGUAAGGAAAGCAAUGAGAACUGGUGUUAUAUCCUCCAACCACAAAGCAGAUCUUACAAGAAAGCUCUGCAGCUGCGCGGAAGUCCUGCCCUAAAAUGAUCGCCGCUUGUUUAUGAACCUUGACCUCCAAUUCUGAGAAGCCGCAAAUUGAUGCAAACCAGUACCUCCUACUCAUAAUCCCAGGGAAGUCCAGAACGAGCCAGUAAUGGCAAUUCUGCAACGGCGCCCGCCCCGGCACCACCGCAGGUUAGUCCUGUUUUUCAUGCUCUUGGGGAUGCUGUGGGGAGCCAGAGCCGGGCAGAUACGUUACUCCAUUUCUGAGGAGCUGGAAAAAGGCUCCUUCGUGGGCAACAUCGCCAAGGACCUGGGGCUGGAGCCCCGCGAGCUGGGGGAGCGCGGAGUCCGCAUCGUCUCCAGAGGUAGGACGCAGCUCUUUGCGCUGAACGCGCGAAGCGGCAGCCUGGUCACCGCGGGCCGCAUAGACCGGGAGGAGCUCUGCGCCAGAGCGCGCGGUGCCUGGUGAGUGUUAACAUCCUUGUUGAGGAUAAAUUGAAUCUUUAUUCCGUAGAAGUGGAAAUACUGGACAUUAAUGACAAUGCACCCCGAUUCUUGAGGGAGGAAUUGGAAGUGAAAAUUAUCGA